AUCUUAUCGGAGAACCUUGCAACAAAACCAAAGAUAAAGAUUGUCUGCCAAGGCACUCCGUGUGUAACUCGAAGAACGUGUGCGACUGCGAUGCAAAUUUCAGAGCCACAUCAGACAACUUUUGGUGCAUUGGGACCGGUUACAAAGCACUCGGCGACAGUUGUACCACGGGCGAUAAGUGUGGGAUAGGAGCGGACUGUCAAUCCGGCACAUGCGCAUGCGUCAAAUGGCACGCCCCUUGGGGCAAAAAAGAGAAGUGGUUCGCAAUUCCGGCGUCAAGGUUCAGUCAGUGUGAAAACACUAAUGCUACUCUGAACUCUUGUAACGGCACAACAUUUGCGCCUCCAGUGGAUACAACAUCUACUACAUCAAUAAUGCAGUCUACAUCCACAUCACAAACUCCAAAUUCAAUCCAAACAGUUCAAAAUAUAGCAAAUCAGAGCACUACGGAAAUCCCAACACCAACAUCUGCCUUAACAACCCAACCGGCUAAAAAUACGGCAAGUCAGAGCCCUACUGGAAUGCCAACACCAACUUCUGACUUAACAACCCAAUCGGCUCAAAAUACGACAAGUCUGAGCCCUACUGUAAUGACAACACCAGCUAAUUACUUAACAACCCAAUCGGCUCGAAAUACAAUUCUGAGCACUACUGUGAUGCCUGCAUCGCUUAUCAGUGGUGGACAUACGACCAAAAUGCCAUCGACUCCAACACUCCACUCGACUGUACCAACCCAUGGAGGUCCAGGGCACAAGUCAAAAGAGAAGGCAUUUCCUUUAGAAGCCGUCGCAAUCCCCAGUGCCAUUGGAGGACUGUUCCUUCUGAUCAUCUGGGUAGUCAUCAUUGUAGCGAUGUGUAGGAGGCGACGAAAGAAGGAAGAUCGGAGAGCGUCCAAACGUUCCAGGAAUGACACUGAGGUCAGUGAGCUUUCCACGGAUGAUCAACAAGGAAGUUUUCGUCAAGUGCCUAUUCCCAGACCACAGCUAACUCUGGACAGUGCGGUAAAGCCGUUGUAUAGCGGAUUCUUGUCACCCAGUCAACCCAACCCUUACAGCUUUUACGACCCAUACAAAAGUGACGGGUAUUUUCGAGUCUGAUUCGUGUUAAUUAUCAUUUUUCCAGUAUCCCCAAAUCACGAAGGAUGGUUUUUAAUAACACUCAGGAGUUUCAGAUAUUAUAACUGAUUCACUGGACUUUUCUUCUGUGCUAUCCAUAAGACGACAAAGAACCAGUAGUUAUGAGACGACAAAGAACCGGUGGUCAGUGGCCAUUAGGCCUGUUUUUGUACGAGACAAAAACUGUGUAUGGAUGAAAAGAAAAUAAAAAAAUUCGGGCAUACAUAGACUGCAUGUAGACAGUUCAUUGUAAAAAAUGGUUUACAACGCAUGUACAAAUUUAUUUUACGGAUGGUUUUUCACGAAAUUGAAUGGGGUAUACGAAUUCCACAAAUCGAUUUCACCGCCCAGGAACUGAGCUUUAAAUGUCGACCUGUGUAGUUUAAAGUGAUAAUUGUCUCGAAUUCGCGAUUAUAGUUGAAUUGCCUGCGUAAAUGUUAAGGCUAGUAUGUUGGUUUGAUUACACUAUGAUUCCUUCGCUCCUCGGUGACCAGUGUCUGAUGGUAUGAACAAAGUUGUUGAAUUUUCUUGAAGGAGAAAUAAAAAUGGAUCAGCGAAUUCCUGGUACAA